GGUAGCAUCACAUGUAAACACAUUUUAUAACAAAUCAUGGCUGCCCCGCUGGUCAGGAUUGUCUCUAAGUCUUGCAGACAGAUCUGUAGACCAUGGGGUCCAUGCCAGGCUGGAUGGAGGAGCAGCUUGUCCAGCAGACCGGCUCCAGAUGUGGCUUCAGACCAGUCCGUCUCCUUUCCUCCCCUUCAGACGUUUUCAGAAGAAGAGAGCAUGAUGAGGGAAGCAGUGAAGAAAUACGCACAAGAGCGCAUUGCUCCUUUUGUGUCAAAGAUGGAUGAAAAUUCUGCCAUGGAUGAGGAAGUUAUCAAGUCUCUCUUUGAACAAGGGCUCAUGGGUAUAGAGAUUGACCCAGAGUAUAACGGCACUGGCUCCUCGUUCUUCUCCUCCAUUCUGGUCAUUGAGGAGCUGGCGAAGGUGGACGCGUCUGUGGCUGUGCUCUGUGACAUCCAAAACACACUGAUCAACACUCUGUUUGCCAACCUAGGAACACCGGCUCAGAAAGAGCAGUACCUCAGCCGACUGUCGACCGAUACGGUUGGAAGCUUCUGCCUCUCAGAAGCAGAGUCGGGGAGCGAUGCCUUUGCUCUGAAGACACGUGCCGAUAAACAUAAAGACUAUUACAUCAUCAAUGGAUCCAAGAUGUGGAUCAGCAACGCAGAGCAUGCAGGGGUUUUCCUGGUGAUGGCCAAUGUGGAUCCAUCUGCUGGAUACAGAGGCAUCACCUGCUUCAUCGUGGACCGGGACACGGAGGGUCUCGAGAUUGGCAAGAAAGAGAACAAGCUCGGCCUGAGAGCGUCCUCCACCUGCCCGCUCAACUUCGAUAAUGUCAAGGUACCAGAGAAGAACAUUUUGGGACAGGUCGGUCAUGGUUACAAGUAUGCUAUUGGGAUGUUGAAUGAGGGCAGGAUUGGAAUUGCCGCUCAGAUGAUUGGGCUGGCGCAGGGCUGCUUUGACAACACUGUUCCUUACACCAGGCAGAGGGUGCAGUUUGGAAAACGGAUCUUUGACUUCCAGGGCAUGCAGCACCAAAUUGCCCACGUAGCGACACAGCUUGAAGCUGCUCGGCUGCUGACAUACAACGCUGCAAGACUGAAGGAAGCUGGGCGCCCUUUCAUUAAGGAGGCCUGCAUGGCCAAAUACUUCACCUCGGAGGUUGCAACUUUAACCACAUCUAAAUGCAUCGAAUGGAUGGGAGGGGUAGGCUUCACCAAAGACUACCCCAUAGAGAAAUACUACAGAGACUGUAAAAUCGGUACCAUUUAUGAGGGCACCACAAAUGUCCAGCUGUCCACUAUGGCUAAGUUCAUUGAUAAAGAGUACGACUACUGAAACCAGUGACUUCACUCUGCUGUGUUACACUCCACAUUAUUUUUCUUCAUAAGACUUUUGUGAGAUGCUCUGACUGUAGGUCAGCUUGUAUUAUAGUUUUUUUUUUUUUGCAGUUUCAGAUGUUUGUCCUUGAUAACCCUGACUUUGCUCGAUGUUACUGAUUUUAUGGUUCCAUUUCACCAACUUUGGGAUUAAAGCUUAUCCGGUGCAAUGAUAGUUUUAUUAAAUGUUAUUUUUCUUUCAAACAGACCUUUCUAUAUAUAUAUAUAUAUAUAUAUAUAUAAGAUGAAGAAACAUCUGUUUCUUUGUCUGACACCUAUCCUUUGUCAAUAUUGUCCUCUUUUGCUUUUUGGGGGGGGAAGACGUCAUAAAUCAUAAAAUGCUGUUAACAUAUCUGAUCCGUAAAUUGCAAUAUGAAAAUUGUUUUUUUCAAACAUUAUUCUUUGAACUUGAUAUUUCAGUGCCUUCAGUAGGUCUUCUAUGCCUGAGAUCAGUAACUUAAUUUCUUUGUUUUUCGCAGAACACUCUGAAAUAGGUAGAUUGUGUUAUUUCACUCAUUUAAAUAGCAUACUCUUACAAUAUUGUACAGUUCAGGAACAAUAAUAAGGAUAGGAAUUUAUCCUUUAGGACGAAUCUGUAAAUCACUUUGAUCAAUAAAUGUGAAUAAUGUAUCAGUUAAAUUCA